AUGAUUGGAAACCUGCAAGAAACCGUAUCACAGUUAGUUUACCUGAAACGCUAUGUAAGGAAACUUAAAGAUGAAAUUGCUGCUAAAAAUACAAUAAUUUCGGCAGCAGAAACGGACAAAGAAAUGCUAAUAAAAAAGCAGGACGACAUCGUUAAAGAAUUACGUAACACUUUAGAAAAUCAAAUCGUAGAAAUGAGAACCGUGCAUGAAAGGAAAAUUCAAGAAGUGCGGCAUGAUUCUGAUACUCAAAUAGCGCAAUACACUUGCGUUAUUCAAGAGUUAAGAAGCAAAAUUAAUGACAUGGAGACUCAACACAGGGAUAAAAUGAACGUAGUAGUAUUGGAGUACGAAGAGAAGAUCCAACGUGGCGUAGCUCUAGUGACCCAGCUGCAGGAUCAGUUGGCCAGUCAGGUUGCCCGAACUGACGCUAAUAUCAAUGCUUAUAAGCGGAGAUUGGAGGAAUUAGAAGAGAAACUUAAACAGAGUCAAUUUAAGCAGUAUUUAGCUCAAAGUGCCGCAUCGCAGUACGAAAGUCAAGUUGAACGGCCAUAUUCCGUUCAGAGAGAAAACGCUGGACUUUCUUACGCCGACAGUUGUUCUGUAGACUUAGAUCCGGUGCUAGAAUUUUCAAAACCGAAGACCUUAACUCAAAACAGGCUUCCAAAAGCACCCAAUACUUUGCAAGUAACGUAUUAUGGCAACAAGACUACAAACGUUCCAAAUAAUACAGAGAAGAAGGGACAGUUCCACAUUACAAAGAAGCGGAAGUUGUAUAGCGAUAACCUACAAGAUUUCUAAUUUAAUUUACUUAGAUAAUUAGACAAACAUUGUAGCAUGGCGCAACAUUUAAAGUAGCUAAUUUAAACCUUGUUACAUGUAGUAAACCCGCUGUAGAAAUUCAUUUAAGCACGUAAUUACAAUUAUUUUAAUU